AUGGCUAGCCAGACCCCCAGCGACGUCCCCGCCCCCGAGGGCGCUGCCCCCCAGGCCCUGCCUGACCGCACUCAAACCCCCGCUGAUAACCAGGCGGGUGAGUCAAAGAACGCCGCCAAAAAGGCCGCGAAGCUCGCCAAGCUGAAGGCCGACAAGGCCGAUAAGAAGGCCUCGAAUAAGGGAGAGAAGGGCAUUGGCAAACCAGAAGCCAAGAAGGCUUCCAAGAAGAAGGUUGAGGGUGCCGCUUUGAUCGGUAUCGAUGUCACGAAAGAGGAGGACUUCCCCGGCUGGUACCAGCAGGUUCUCACCAAGGGUGACUUGCUCGACUACUAUGAUGUCUCCGGCUGCUUCAUUCUGAAGCCCGCUUUGUACUUCAUCUGGGAGGAGAUCCAGGACUAUUUCAACAAGGCCAUCAAGGGAAUGGGUGUCAAGAACUGCUCUUUCCCUCUAUUCGUCUCUGAGGAUGUCCUGCAGCGGGAGAAGGACCACAUUGAGGGCUUCGCCGCUGAAGUCGCCUGGGUCACUCACGCUGGCUCGACCCCUCUUGAGAAGAAGAUUGCUAUUCGCCCUACUUCGGAGACUGUCAUGUACCCCUACUACGCCAAGUGGAUCCGCAGCCACCGUGAUCUUCCCCUUCGUCUCAACCAGUGGAACUCCGUCGUGAGAUGGGAGUUCAAGCACCCCCAGCCCCUCCUCAGAUCCCGCGAGUUCCUUUGGCAAGAGGGUCACACCGCGCAUAUGACUGAAGGAGCUGCCCGCGAGGAAGUUCUGAGCAUCCUUGACUACUAUGCUAAGAUUUACCAGGAGCUUCUCGCCGUGCCCGUUGUCAAGGGCCAGAAGACUGAGAAGGAGAAGUUCGCCGGUGGUAACUACACCACCACCGUUGAGGGUUACAUCCCCGCCACUGGCCGUGGUAUCCAGGGUGGCACUUCACACGGUCUGGGUCAAAACUUCAGUAAGAUGUUCGGCAUCACCGUUGAGGAUCCCACCUCCACCGUCGAUGAGAAGAAGCCCCCUCUUCACGUUUGGCAAAACUCCUGGGGUCUGUCGACCCGCACCCUGGGUGUCAUGGUCAUGAUCCACAGUGACAACAAGGGUCUCGUCCUUCCCCCUCGUGUCGCAGAGACCCAGGUCAUUGUUGUUCCUGUCGGCAUCACUGCCAAGACCACCGAGGAGGAUCGUGAGAAGCUCAAUGCCGAGGUCGAUGAGCUCGUUGCCGUCCUCGUUGCUGCCGGCGUCCGUGCCGACAGCGACAAGAGCAGCUACUCCCCCGGCUGGAAGUUCAACCAGUACGAGCUCCGCGGUGUGCCUCUGCGCAUUGAGUUCGGCCCCGGUGAGUCUGCCGGCCAAUUCGUCACCACCGCCCGCCGUGACAUCCCCGGCAAGGACGGCAAGGGUAGCAUCCCUAUCGCCGAUUUGGCUACUAGUGUCCCUGCUCUUCUUGAGACCAUUCAGACCGAUUUGUACAACCGUGCCGACGAGCAGUUCAAGGCCCACCGCAUCAAGAUCACCAACUGGGAUGACUUUGUCCCCGCCCUGAACAACAAGAACAUCUGCGUCAUUCCCCACUGCUUGACCGAGGAGUGCGAGGACCAGAUCAAGGAUAUGAGUGCCCGCAAGGCUGAGGAGGACUCUGGUGAGGCUGAGGAUGCCAAGGCUCCCAGCAUGGGUGCUAAGUCUCUCUGCAUUCCUUUCGACCAGCCUGAGGGCAUUGAGAAGGGUGUCACUCCUUGCUGCAACCCCAAGUGCCAGCGUCCCGCUGAGAAGUGGUGCAUGUUCGGCCGCUCUUACUAA